CUCCAUCUCCCGUGAGGCAUUGCGACGUUGCUGCUUGCUGCGCAUGCGCACUUCCACCUCCUUCUCCUCUCAGCUGGGUAAACAAACUGGGGGAGGAGAGCAGACUCAGACCCUUUCCAGGCUGCUGCUGCGCUUUCGGGGCAUUUUUAUACUCUUUAUAUUCAUUUUAUACAACUUUUUAGUCCUAAAGUACCUUUGAUAUUUUACUAUUUAAACGGCAUUCGCUGUUUUUAAAGCUGUGUUUUAAAGCUAACCUAGCUACAGAGUUUUAAACGUUUAAAGGGAAGGAGGAAAAACAGCAUUUUCAGGUCGACGUUCGUUUGUCAGAACCAGCAAAAAACUAUAAUAUAAAAAUACAAAUAAAUAAAUAAACUGGUGGAUAUUAAUAAUAUCCUUUCGCUUUAAUCAAUCAGACGGUAUAAAAGCAAUAGCUGUGGUUUAGAUAUCGGAAAUCCAGUAGCUAUGACCGCGGUGCUGAAUAUCCAGAGGUUACUGGAAGCUGCUGAGUAUUUAGAGAGGAGAGAAAGAGAGUGUGAGCACGGAUAUGCCUCGACGUUUCCGUCUAUUCAGAGCUCGACCUACCAGAGACAAAGGAAAUUCCGAAAUAAAAAGUACAGCAGCACUCACAACAGGUCCACACACAACGAGCUGGAGAAGAAUCGGCGAGCUCACCUCCGUCUGUGCUUGGAGAGAUUGAAGGCGCUCAUCCCACUCGGACCAGACUGCAACCGCCACACUACACUGGGCCUGCUCAACAAAGCCAAAGCACAUAUAAAGAAGUUGGAGGAGGCUGAUAGGAAGUCUCUGUAUCAGUUGGAGAAUUUGGAGCGGAAGCAGAGGCACCUUCGCCGGCAGCUGGACUUCCUGCGGGGGGGCUGUGGACACGGGGAGGGGGAGAGGAUACGCACCGACAGCGUGGGCUCCACCCUCUGCUCCGAGCGCUCCGACCGCUCCGACUCCGACCAGGAGGAGAUCGAGGUGGACGUAGAGAGCACUGAGUUCUCCCAUGGAGAGCUGGACAGUGUGAGCACCGCCAGCACCAGCGACCUGGACGACCACAGCAGCCUGCAGAGCCUGGCCAGCGACGAGGGCUACUCCUCCUGCAGCCUCAAACUGGCCUUCAGCUCCUAGACCCACAUAUAUACUAAAUAUAAACACACUCACUGUCCCAAAACACAACCCCGACACUCCUCCACCCCAGCCUCAACGCCACGCCCACAUCCACCAAUCACAACCUGCCACGUCAUCCACGUGACCAGUACACAAGCCUUCUUAAUAGAUUGAUUGAUUAAUUGAUUGUUUGAUGGAUUAAUUGGUUGAUUAAAUGAUUGUUCCUGAAUGUGUUGGAGGUCAGCAGCAGUAGGCUGAGAAAUGCUGAAGUGCUGAAAUGCUGAUUGUUUUUAUAGAGAGUUUAUAUGGAUUCAGUGCAGAUUUUAAGCGUUAAACGUGUCGUUAGACAGAAUUUUAGCUUUCCUUUUUGUUUUUGGCUCAGAAUGGAAUUUGUAAAUUAUUGUAAUUGCAAUAGUGCAGCUAUUGGGCUGUUUUUUUUUUUUUUUCUUUGCACGAGGAAGGCUUGUGAACUGGUUACCCGUCGGGAAUUUCCACAAAACCACGAGGCAACAAUUUGGAUAUCUGUGAAGUUCUACAGUUAACUAUACCUGUGUGAAUCUACUGGAACUGUUUCUCCCAGCAUAUCAGAUCAGCCCUGAGUCUUCAGAUCGGUUUAUGAUACCGAGGAGUGAACUAAACACACACUGGUGCUACGAAAAAAACAACUGAACCGACAGCAUCGUGCUAAACUGGGUGAACGGAGCAGAAACACGAAGCUCAUUCCCAGGGAUUUUGGGAUGUUUGGUGCAUUUAAAGCUGCCGAGGCGUCCAGCGUCUCCACGCAGCAGCAGCUACAACAAGCAACUCUGCACUGGCCCCGCCCACCGUACAGACACACCCCCACGGCACAAAACCCCGCCCCCCUAACUCAUACAGUAUCCUGACUAGAGUAGACGUCCCGACUAGCAGUAAUGAGCAAUAAUAACUCCUCUAGCCCCGCCCCCUCACCGCUACAUCUCCUCAAUCCCCGGCCCCUCAUCACCUCUUUUCUUUUUUUCUUCCCAAGGCACUUUCAGUGUCCGUCCAAAAAAGCAAAAUCCAACUUUCUUGUUUUGUUUCUUGUUUUUUUGUAUAUAAUACAUAAAUAGUUUAAUAAAUUAAGAGAAAAUGAAAAAAAACAAAACAAAAAUAAAACAAAACGGAGUUUAAACACAAAAAAAGGUAGAUGCCCGUGGGUAGAUCUAUUGCCUCUGUUGCUGUUUGUCUUGUGUUUUUGUGCAUUUUAAAUUAUAUUUUUGAAGAAAUGACUAUCCUCAGAUGUGCUGGCAGAGUGGCAUGGACAGUAUUACCAUUUCCUGCAUUGUUUAUUGCUCCCAGUUAAAAAUAACCAACUCAUUAAAUUCUGUAUCUGCCUGAUUUAAAACGCUGAGAUAAACGCGGGACCCCUGAGCACGGACCCCCGAUGCUGCAUCUCACUUUAUAUUAUAUACCUGUCUCUAAUCACUGUAGAUACAUGUUUAUAACCUGCGCAAUAACAUCUAUAAGUAUCUGCUGGUGGAGUAUUUUAGAUUACAGUAGUUGCUGUAAUGUAAUCUGAGUAUUAACUCUAAUUGUCACUUGUAAUGUAAAACAAGUGUAUCACAAAAGUAUCUGUAACAGCAUAUUCUUACUAAUGUGGUUAUAAAUGUGUAAUAAGACCUGAAUUACAGUUAAACCUACACAAGCUGCACUACUGUGAUUAAUCUUCAUCAGAAAAUACAUCAGCAGUACUACCGCAGUGUUACUGCGUGGAUUAUUAAUGUGCAUUUUUACAGUUAUUUCAAAAACUAACGUAUUCUAAUUCUCUCUAAUAACUGUUCGGUGACGUAUGAUGAACUGCUGUAAACAGCAAAUAAACCCCCAACAGGACUGUAUCUGUAAUAACUCUGUAAUUACAUAGUUAUUAUAAAGACUUAAUAGACUCGAUUUUAAGUCUGGUGGCUUUAAUAACUGUGUAACUACACACUACAUAUCCAUGAAUUAAAAACAGGAAUAAUGACUAUAACAGUUAAUUUAAACACAAUUACCAUUAUUUAUUACACAUUUAUAACCACACAGGAGUGAAUAUACUGCUGCAGGUAUUUUAGUUUAAAAAUCAGUCAAACCCAGAACAGUAGAUGAGUAGAUAUAAGUGUAUUUACUGUGGUAUAUUGUUAUUAUUUAUAUAACAGGAUUUUUAUCGUGUCAGUACGCAGUUAUUAGAGACAGUAAAAUAAAGUGAGAUCAGAACUCUCACAGUGCUACAGUGCUCUUAUUAUUUAUUAGAUAGAUAUUGUUUAUUAUUCUAAUUUUAAUUUGUUUAUUUUUGUGUGAUUUUGUUUCGUGUCGAAGCUGAGAGGCAUUCCACUAUCAGUACGGCGACACUGUGGAUCCGCGGUGGGGGUGGGGCCGUUGUCGGCCACGCCCCCUCACUUUCCCGCCUGUUCAUUUCCUGCCUUUGUUAGAGUGGAAAGAACAGAGCGGCUGGAUUAAAAUUUUUUGUUUGUUGUUUUUUUUCUUUUUUUUUCUCAUAUUUAUUUCUCCUCCCUGAUUCACAGCAUUUCAGGAAGAGAAGCUUAAUUUAUUUGUUUUUUGUUUUUUUGUUUAUUUUAUUCAGUUCUGCCUUUUUCUCGCUGUCGCUUUGUAUGCAUUCCUUCUCUGUCCUCGCUGGGCUGCUUUUAAGGCAGAAAUUUGAUUCAAUAUAAUAUAUAUUUUCUCUUGGAACGUGAACUCGUCCUCUUUCCAUCACUGCCGCUCAAGAACACUCUUGAUUAGCGCUCGAUUAGCGUUCGAAUCGUAAACAGCACUCCUGUAGGACGUCUAUUUACUGCGACAGGUUGUGUGCUCCUUUAUGUGGAGCCGCCAUGUUGCUCGAGUGUGAUUAACAUGCUAAUGUAUCUGUAUAACCUGCGCUUCAGGAGUAGGCGGGUGCUCGGCUAAUCUGUCGCUGUUAGCAUUUCUUGAGUGGCUGGAUGGAGCCGGACUGAAUAUGGUGCUGUUUUAACACCAGGCCAAACUACAGACAAACACUGUCUCUCUCUCUCUCUCUCUCUCUCUCUCUCUUUCUGAAAACUACCUUUUUUCUUUCAUGUCUUUUAAUGAUUGAUUUGUUCAUUUGUUCUUUUUCUUUAUUUUGUUCUUUUUUCUGCACUUAAAUCUGGAGCUCAUGUUAAAAUGAACCAUUGCUUUCUGACUCGACGUCCUGCCCACUUCCUGUCCUGAUCCGCCGUUACUGACGGUACGGACUGAUAGUCGAGCUGAUCUGGGAUCAGGUCGUCCAGAUCUAAGCACCUGUGUACAGCUCUGUGCUCUGAUUGGACGGCUGGUCAGUUGGGUGGAGCUUCUCAGGGCAGGAUCAGCGUCUCUCUCUGUCUGAUGGAUCUAAAUGUAAAGACUGACCCCGGGCUGAUCUCAGCGCUCUCUCAGAUAAAGCAUUAAAUAAACUUAAAACUGAAGGAAUCUGAUCUGGGAUCAGCUCCGAUACCCCGAGACUCUGAGACUGUGAGCGCUGGCCAUGUUAACGGGGUCUACCUGCCUCAGGUGUGCAGAACAGAGAGGAGAAGGCUGAUCUGUGAGGAGCUCGGUGUCGGGAAGCUCUGGUUGAGGGAGAUCAGGUCUAAAGACUGGAGGUCCUGCUGAACUCUGUUCUUUAUAAACAUGCGCUCUGAUUAUAGCUGUCAGUCAAACUGCAAUACUUACAAUAAACACCAAGAUUCUCAAAUCUGAAGACCAAAA